CUACCUGGAGGCCAUUUUUUCCAAGACGAGGAGGACUACGACUGUCCCGAGACAGAAUUCGUCUACAGCCUGCCCUCGCGACAGAAUCGACUAUCCUCGAUCGCCCUACAAGACCUCGAAGCAAUCACUCCCGAGGCAACGUCGACAGAAGCAGAAGCCAAUGAAAUGGGUUUUGAUUCUCGCGACGGUGACAGAGUACCGACGAGCCUGCUGAAGCGACGCAGAUCGGGUGAGCCGAGUCGGUAA